AUGCUUGUACGAGAUUUUAUUGAUGAUUCUUUAUAUAAUCCAAAUUAUGGAUAUUUUUCAAAACAAGCAAUAAUAUUUUCACCACAAAAUCAUUUUGAUUUUAGUAAUAUUAAAGAUAAUUUGGAAUUUAUGAAUAUAGUAGCAAGUAAAUAUAAAGAAUUUGAGAUUAGUUUAGAUGACAAAGAUAAAAAAGUAACAAAACAAUUAUGGCAUACCUCAACUGAAUUAUUUAAACCAUGGUAUGGAUAUGCAUUUGCAAAAUAUAUUGUUAAUGAAUAUAAAUUAGGAGGUAAUCCUCAACAUGAUUUGAUAAUUUAUGAACUUGGAGCCGGAAAUGGGACUCUAAUGUUAAAUAUUUUGGAUUAUAUUCAAAAAUUUGAACCUGCAAUUUAUAAAAAAACAAGAUAUCGAGUUGUUGAAAUUAGUUCAAUGUUAGCUGAAAGACAAAGGUCAAUUCAGAAUUUUCAACAAGUUGUCAAUGUUCAUAAUUGUGUAGAGAUCAUUAACAAGAGCAUAUUUGAUUGGAAUGAAACUAUAAAAGAUCCUUGUUUUUUUUUGGCUUGUGAAGUUUUUGAUAAUUUUGCACACGAUGUGAUUCGUUAUAAUUUUUCAAGUGAAAAACCUGUGCAAGGAAUUGUUGUAGCAAAUGAUGAGGGAGAAUAUGAGGAGAUCUAUGAGCCUGUCAAUGAUCCUCUUAUUAUACGUUACUUAUCUUUACGUAAUAGGACAAUGUACAAAACACCAGCACUUCAAAAUCGGUUAUUACGAUCAUUACGAAAUAAACUUCCUUUAGCACCCAACCUUACACAACCAGAAUUUAUACCAACAAAAUUAUUACUUUUUCUUGACAUUUUAAAAGAUUGUUUUCCAAAACAUCGUCUUGUUAUUUCAGAUUUUUAUAAAUUACCGGAUUCUAUUCAAGGUAUUGAUGCUCCAGUAGUUCAAACAAGAUAUCAACAAACAAUGGUUCCUUGUUCAACUUAUAUGGUGCAUCCUGGAUGGUUUGAUAUUUUCUUUCCUACAAAUUUUGAAUUAUUAAAAGACAUUUAUCAAUUAGUUUGUCGUUCUAGUCGGGCAGAAUCCGAAAAAAUUAAAGUAUUACAACAAAAGGAAUUUUUGAAAAGAUAUUCUGAUUUAACAAAAACUCAAACGAAAAGUGGCGAAAAUCCAAUGUUAAUGUAUUAUGAAAAUGUAAAAUUUUUAUUAAGUUAA